UCAAUCAUACAUUGAUAGUUGAUACCCACUAUUACUACCGCAUUCUUUGAUUCCAUUGUCUCUCACAAACACACACAUUCGCACAUUUAUUUCUGCACCCUGUGAGGGUAUUGAUUUUCUUAUCAUUAAUGGCUGCCAUCUGGCCCCUUUUUAUCCAGUUUUUGAUUUUCAUGGCAAGCCCAUCUUUGAUGUUGGCCUUCGUAUCAACAACUCUACCUGAUCAGCCACAGUUAUCAACCUCCACAAUUUCAGCUGCUCCAGCAUUGUUGCCAGAUGCACCUUUGGCUUCGCCGCCAGCCUUAUCUCCAGACAUUACUCCUCUGUUUCCUUCUCCAGGUGGUUCAGAGCUUUCUCCAAGCGAGUCCUCCUUGCCCACAAUUCCUUCAAGCCCAAGCCCUCCAAAUCCGGACGCAAUAGAAGCUCCGGUGCCUUUCCUGGCGUUUUCACCACUCGGGUCCUUGCCAUUUUCCUCCUCGAAUCAGCUUAAAGUUUCGGGCUUUCUGAGUUCGGCUCUCCUCCCAGCUUUCUUAGCACUUUGGUAAAUGCACAUUUCUUGUGGUAUGCAAAGGUGCAAAUGCAUUGCAGCUACUACAGCACACUUGAUAAUAAAGGUUUUUGCUGAUUGCGAGCUUCUAUUUUUCUUCAGAUUUAGCUUUCCAACCGUAUGUGCAGAGAAGAGAGCUUUUUAAUUUGAUGUUUAUGAUAGACAAUUAAUUCUAGCGUAUAUCACCAAGUUUGGCAGUGGGAAGUUAGGUCUCAAAGGUCGAUUCUAAUCUUCUUGUUUGUGUUUGCAAUCAUGAGCUGAUCAAUGUGAACAAGUAAAGCUCCUACUUUUACAUGAGGA